AUGUCACCAAGGAGCUUCGACGUGGUCCAUGGCGGGGCAGAACUGGUGGUGCCAGCAGGACCAACUCCACGAGAACUGAAAAACCUCUCUGACAUAGAUGAUCAGGAAGGGCUACGUUUUCACCUUCCUGUGAUCAUGUUCUACAGAAAUGGUUCAGUUGUGGAAGGAAAAGAUGCUGGGAUGUUGUUGGUGGAAGCUGAGGCUGAUGUUUCACUGAGGGAGUUAGGUGAUAAGAUUCUUCCACCCUGCCCUUAUAUGAAGGAGUUUCUUCUUGAUGUUCCAGGAUCACGACGCAUUCUUGGAACCCCUCUCUUGUUAGUUCAG